AUGGAAUGUUAACAAUGCAACGAGUGUCCAACUUUUUUUUUAACUUGACUUUCAGUCUGUUGAAGAAAAUGGAGGCUGCUACCAUCACUCCUUCUGAUUCUACCCCUUUUCGCCCCUUCUGAGCCCGAGCAAGAGCUCCCAAAACCUGGCGAGGACGUUUCAAAGCAGAUUUAAUCGCUCCUUUUCCAUCACAUGGAGCAGAUUGGCAGCAUCAUGAUUUGGCUGAGUGGCACCGCUGCAAGCGGCUCCAUUUCCUGGAAUAAGAUGGAACCUGAGCCUUGAAAGCCACACCAUGGAACGUCUUUAGAACCCCUGCCGCGAUCCUUCCGACAAACAAACAAGGGAGACCAAUCUCGGAUCUGCUUUAUUAUCGAUUUAGGCCAGCCACCAAGGGUGGUUAACUUUGCUGCCGGACACCCGGGCACCGCGGCCAUGAGGCCCAAGACGUUCCCAGCGGCGCCCUAUGUGGGCAACACACGCCAGAGGCUCCAGGAGAUUAAGGAGGGUCUGAAGCAGCCGGCCAAGCUGGUCAGUCAGGCCCUGCAUGGAGGCGGCCAGCGGACCGAGGGCGCCGGCCGCCCCGCCGACUGCAAGGGCGGCAAGGACGCGGCCGGGCGGCAACAGCCCGUGCGACCGCCGCAAAAAUUCAACAAUUACCAGAGUGCACUGCGUGAGAUCCGAAAGUCGCUCAUGCCCUUCGCCAAUGAUUCGGGACCCUCGUCGGGGUCCGGGCACCCCGCCGGCGAAGUGAACCGGCAGAUGCUGCAGGAGCUCGUCAAUGCUGGAUGUGACCAGGAAAUGGCCAUCCGGGCGCUGAAGCAAACAGGAAGCAGGAACAUCGAAGCGGCUCUUGAAUACAUUAGUAAGAUGAGCUACCUGGACCCUCGGAACGAGCUCAUUGUGCGUGUUAUCAAGCAGACUUCUCCAGGAAAAGCUGGCAUGCCCCCCUCAAUGGACCAUCGCCCGCCGCUGGAAGCCGCAGGAGAAGCUGCCGGUGCCAUGCCCCCGUACCACCCCAUGUACGAGGGUGUGGCCGGAUAUGGUCCGGAAGGCGAGAUGCCCAGACCCUACAUGAACGCUCCCCCCGUCAUGAACUACAUGAUGCCGCCCUCUGGAGCAGCACAGGGUCCCCCAAUGGGGAACCCGAUGGGUCGACCACCCAGCAUGGGUAACUAUCCACCAGUCAUGGCCCCUCAGACUAGCCCGGCCAAUGCCAUGUACCCACCGGGGGCCCAGCAGAAAGGCUAUUCUGGAAGUUUGGAGCAGCACGGGCCCAUUAUGAGCUACAAUGUGCCUGGUCAACCGCUGCCGCCUGGGGCCCAGGUGCCGGGCCCCCACUAUGACUAUGGCCACCCCAGGCCUCACUUAAUGGAGCCCGCAGGCUAUGGAGUCAAGAGAACUGCCUCCUUUCAAAACAAGAUGGCACCACCCCCCAUGGCGCCCCCUGACAACUAUGUCAACAUGCAAGCUAAAGUGCCUAUAGGCCAGAACGUGCCAGGAGGAGGUGCAGGGGGGUACCCUGCCAAUCUGUACCUGGCUCCUCACUCGCACCCGCGUCAGGCGAGCCCCACCUCCCAUCAGGUCCACAUGAUGUCCCGUUCCCCAGGCGGAGUGCCACCUAUGGGCCCGGACUUCCCCGAUCUUCCCCAGGGCUUGAUGACACCAUCCAGGGCAAGUCUCAACCUGGACUUGUAUGAGCAUCACUGGGCAGGACCCCAGAGUCCCGAAGGGCCCCCCCAAGCCAGACAGCCCCAACCUCAAGGGCCAUUCAGGGGUGAGGUCCGGGUGCCCAGCAGGGCCAACUCCUUCAACAGCCGCUCGGCCGUGUCCAAUGGGGUUCGGCCUCCCAUGAGCGCGCCCCAGGAUCCUUCCCUAGGUCCUCCCAACACCAUCACAGCCGUCACAUCGCCACCCAUCCAACAGCCAGUCAAGAGCAUUCGAGUGAUGAGACCGGAACCCAAGACAGCAGUGGGACCGUGCCAUCCCAGCUGGAUGGCGGCCCAAGCCCAGGAAACAACUGACUCACUGGCCUACAUGCCAGAGGAGACCUACUCUCUGGAGCCCCCCCAAGAACCCCGCUGCCCACCGCCGCCCUACCCCAAGAAUCUCAUUUUGUCACCUGGAGAAACCGGGGCUCUGGAGGGUGUGGGAGCCGCCGGUGGGGCUCAGGAUCUCGGGAGUCCCGCUUCCAGAAGCACACACAGCGGCAGCGGCGGUAGUGGAAUCACAGAUGAUGGAUCCCAGCAGGUUAAGGAGAAGGCAAAAGCCGGCAAGGCCGAGAAAACACUCAAAGACAAGAAGCAGAUCCAGACAUCGCCCGUGCCGGUGAGGAAAAACGGCCGGGACGAGGAGAAGCGAGAGUCCCGGAUCAAGACCUACUCACCUUUUGCCUUCAAGUUCUACAUGGAGCAGCACAUCGAGAACGUCAUGAAGACCUACCAGCAGAAGCUCAACCGCAGGUUGCAGCUGGAACAGGAAAUGUCCAAGGCCGGCCUGUCCGAGGCCGAGCAGGGCCAGAUGAGGAAGAUGCUCAACCAGAAGGAGUCCAACUACAAUCGGCUGCGUCGCGCCAAGAUGGACAAGUCCAUGUUUGUCAAAAUCAAGACGCUGGGAAUCGGCGCCUUCGGGGAGGUGUGCUUGACGCGCAAAGUGGACACGUACGCCCUGUACGCCAUGAAGACUCUACGCAAGAAAGACGUCCUCAACAGAAACCAGGUGGCCCACGUGAAGGCUGAACGCGACAUCUUAGCGGAGGCGGACAACGAGUGGGUAGUGCGCCUCUACUACUCCUUCCAGGACCGCGACAGCCUGUACUUUGUCAUGGACUACAUCCCCGGCGGCGACAUGAUGAGCCUGUUGAUUCGCAUGGGCGUCUUCCCCGAGCCGCUGGCAUGCUUCUACGUGGCCGAGCUGACGCUGGCCAUCGAGAGCGUCCACAAGAUGGGCUUCAUCCACCGCGACAUCAAGCCCGACAACAUCCUCAUCGACCUGGACGGACACAUCAAGCUGACGGACUUUGGCCUCUGCACGGGCUUCCGCUGGACCCACAACUCUAAGUACUACCAGAAAGGCAGCCACAUGAGACAGGACAGCAUGGAGCCCAGCGACUUCUGGGACGACGUGUCCAACUGCCGCUGUGGCGACCGGCUGAUGACACUGGAACAGCGGGCCAAUCGGCAACACCAGCGCUGCCUGGCUCAUUCGCUGGUGGGCACGCCCAACUACAUCGCCCCCGAGGUGCUGCUGCGCAAAGGUUACACCCAGUUGUGUGACUGGUGGAGCGUCGGGGUGAUUUUGUUUGAGAUGCUGGUGGGGCAGCCGCCUUUCCUGGCACCCACUCCCACGGAGACUCAGAUUAAGGUAAUCAACUGGGAGAGUACGCUACAGGUUCCCGCCCAAGUCAAGCUCAGCCCAGAAGCCGUGGACAUCAUCGGGCGCCUCUGCUGCUCGGCCCAGGACCGCCUGGGUGCCAACGGCGCCGGUGAGAUCAAGGCGCACCCCUUCUUCAGCAAGGUGGACUUCUCCAGCAACCUUCGCCAGCAGCCCGCCCCCUACCGCCCCAAGAUCGCCCACCCCAUGGACACGUCCAACUUCGACCCGGUGGAGGAGGAGGGCGGCCCCGGGGCCUGGAAUGACAGCGGGGACAGCAGCCGGGCCCUGGACGCCCUGUGCUCGCCUCACGGCAAGCACCCGGAGCACGCUUUCUACGAGUUCACCUUCCGCAGGUUCUUUGACGAUAACGGCUGCCCCUUUCGCUACCCCAAGCCUUUGGAUGGCGGCGAGGGGCCGCCCAGCCCCGAGGAAGAGGAUGAGGACGAAGAAGAGGACGAGGAAGUGGGGGAAGGAUGCGAGCCGGUCUACGUUUAGAUGACUGACACCGCUCCUCGCACGGGACCAAGAAGCAACCAUCUGUCACUUGUCGAGUCUGGUAAGAAUGUCAGAACGUCAGGAGUCCCUUUCUGCCAUUCCUUCCUUUUGUCUUACAUGACUGAAACACUCCAAAGUGACUUAAGCACAGUGUUUUGUUUUUUUAAAAUUUUAAACACUGAAAUAUCACUUGUGAAGAGGGAGUGGGGUAAGUUCAACAGGAGGGAUGUGUGCAAGAGUAGGACUGAACCAAAGUGAGUCAAAUGGGCUGAGAAAUAUGCGCCAAAGUUUUCCAGGUGAAAUUUGGGGGCGGCGGUAUUCAAAGUUGGGAAGUGUUUGGAAUACACUUUACAUACCGGUAUAUUCCCCACAGACUAUGUGAAACAUUUGCGAUUCCCAAACUGUUGGGGGUGCGCCGACCCCCCUCUAAGGAAGUGUUAUUGUGUAAUUAUUUGAUUUUAAAAGAACGUGUUCUGAGAGAGAAGUUUUCUGGGGGAAGGAGAAUGUUGGACAUAGUCAAAGCAGGAUACUUUCCAAGGGAAGUUUAGAUAUGUUCAGAACAGUGUUUCCCAACCUUUAUUGAACCAAGGCACAUAUGUCACAUCGGAAAAAAAUCUCACAGCACACCGCUGAGCAAAAUGAUUCACAAAAGUGGAUAAACAGGUUAAUUAUGUCCAUCUGUCAUCUGGUAGACGAGCAUUUUUUCCCUAUUGUUGUGUGGUUGCCAUUGAUAAAUGAACAAAGCUAAAUAUUUAGGAUUAUUUUAUUUGUCAAACAAAUUGACAUUGCAUCAUUUCCUGCGGCACACCCGAUGAUCUCUCACAAAAGACUAAUGUGCCAUGACACACCGGUUUAGAAUACAAUAGACCGAGUGUCCCAGUAGUCAUCUGUUUCAUUGCAGCGAUCAUUCAGACAGAUAUGAGACAAUCAUUUGGCACCUCAGGCUUUGCAGUUUUGAGUCGUUUUUUUUUUAACUAAAAUUCCAGAGAAGGUUUACAGAUCUGGAAAUUCCAGAAAUUUUAGCAUUUUAAAAAUUAUUUUAGAGUGAGAAAAUGGCAAGAAAAAUGAACUCUAUUCUGAUCGUAUUCCAACUUUUUUUCUGUUUUCUGCAAGUUUCGGAUAUGUACCUGUAUGUCGUGUACCAGGCGGCACAAUUUGUGACAAUUCCUAAUUUGAUCCAUUUUUUUUUCUUUUCUAAGAAUAUGUUUGUUAAUUAAUGCUAUGUAAUUGGAGAAACAUUACAGGGGAAAGGCAUGAUAAUUAUUAUGCCAAUAUAUAACAAAGUUCACACUUCAAAAAGUCAUGACUUUACAAAAAAGCCAACUUUUUUUUUCUGUAAAAAUCUGACUAAAUGUAAUUGUGAUUUGAUGACGUUUUGCCUGCCUUGAAGUUUCACAGAAAGUUUCCUGCUUUGAAAAUGUAAAUUUAAUGUGAUAUUUUAUUAUUAUUUUUUUAAUACAUGGAAAAAAUCCUGAAUGACUUCUUUCUUGUCACGCCCCCAUUUUCAUCAGCCAAAUACAGCAGAGAAGGGGGGGGGGGCGAGGGGAACGCAGCCAAACACAUGCGUAUGACUUAAGUGCAAUUCAAUGUGUGUCCCCGAAACACUUAAUAUCCAUUUGAAAGUAUUAUCAAGUGCCAUAUACAAACGUAUUACUUUAUCUACAAUGUAUACACUUACAGUAUAUACUGUAUGUGUGUGUGUGUGUGUGUGUGUGUGUGUGGGUGUGUUUCACUUACAACAUGCUGCUUAUUUGUGUUCUUUUCCUGUUUUAAAUAUUACCUGUUUUAUCGCGGUUUAAGAGUGAUGAUGAUGAUGAUUAUGAAUGUGGAACGUCGAUGGCCGAGCCUUCCCCGUCCUACGUCGGGGCAGGUCCCUGAACGCAGCACGGCCAAGCUCUCAGAGAGGCCACGGGUGGAUUUACGGCAAGUUUGAAAAGAAUGAAAUGCUUUGUAAAGGUUUUUUUUGGGUGGGGGGGGGGCGCGCACAAGGUUUAUUUUAGGGCAUCCUGAGUUUAUCCAUAACAUCACAAGUUUUGAGUGUGAUCGCCAAAAUUGAUCAAAGAAAAUGAAGGCCACGUUACCGAGGAAAAGAAAAAGAGGGAUCUACAAAUCUCAGAGUGUGAAUAAAGUCCUAGUUACAAAAAUAAAGUCGAAGAAUUGCGUGAAUCCUGUGAUUUUAAAUGCAAGAAGAAAAAAAAAAGCUUUGUCAUGUGAAUUCAGUCUUCAUAUAACAGGAAAAAAACAUUACUAUGUAAUGUUACUAGGAUAACGUUGUAGUACAAGGAAAAUGCUAAAAAAAGUAUGAGGGGAAAUAAAUCUGUAAUUGUAUGGGAAUAAAGUUAUCUUUCAAGAAAAAAAUUGUCGUUUUAUGCAAGAAAACUAAUCAUGAAAAGGGUAAGAAAAAAAUGUCGACGUUUUACUUAAAACACCUAAUUUAAUGAAGUUCGGAAUACUUUGAAAAUAAUUGUAAAUUUAUCUCAUAAUAUCAUUUUAACAGGUCACGAUUCUCGUAGCAUUACAACUUUCUGUUCUCGCAAUUUACGACUUUUUUUUCCUUCUAACAACACAUCUCAUUUCACAUGUGACAACUUCUUUCUGAUUAUGUUACAUCUUCAUUUUUGAUUCUUGUAAUAUUGUGACUUAAUUAACGGAACCUUAAUGACUGUUACAACAUUGCUUUAUUCCCGUCACGUUAUGACUUUAUUCCCAUAACAUUACAACUUUUUUCUCGUUAUUCAACUUUUUUUUUCUUAUUGUCUUGUGUGCCCCUAACACUCCAUCGUAGAUAGUUGUUUCAUGUAUGUCACAGGCCAUGGUUAAGUGUUGCAGUUUUAUCCUAAAAUUAAAAACCGGUAUGAUUGUUGACAAUCUGCAGAAUCAGUUGUACUUUUUUUUUUUUGUCAGUAUCCCUGACUGAUCCCUUACGAAUGGCAAGAUGGUGUAGUUUGUCCAUUUAUUUUUUGUUUUGAACAUUAUCAUUCUUGGACAAUGACUGUAAAUUGUUAGCCUGUAUGGCAGAAUUGCCAAAGUCAUUUUUAAACCCCCCCAUUACCAAAUCAAUGAAAGUAUUUGCUAAAAUGUAGGCAAUUAUGCUAUUCGCCUAACGAAAUGUGCCUUGUGUGUGCUGUAAAGCCAUCUGAACAAUCCCGACACCUCCUCUGAUUUCUUCUUUGGGGGGUAGGAAGGGAGUUGCCUCCUUUGUGUUGCCUUUCAUUUUUGUUGUUACUGCACUUGUCCUUGUGUUCUUUUCUGUCUGUUAGAGGGACGGAAGGCAAAAUACAUCUAUAUCUUUGUUCCCAAGAAAAAACAAAAACAAAAAAAUAUAUAUAUUUUUUCCAUUUUUGCAGUCCGAAAAAACAUAUUUAGGGCUACAAUGUUUAUCACUUACUGGCCCUUUAAAAGGACAACAAAAAGCUUUAUGAGUAACCAGGUGUGAGUGUUACUGUUUUGUUUUUUUUUUGGUUACAAAGUGAUGACUGACAAUCGUUGACUGAUUUUUUUUUUUUAAGGUAUGUAUUUGUACCCCACCAAGGAGUGUGUAAUGUAUAUUAAUCGUGAAUAUAUAUUUAUACAGAUAUACAUAUUUUUUUUGUAUCUUUCCCAUGUCCCUCCUUCACCUUAUUUUCUUUCCCACUGUGCUAAUGUCCAAAAUUCUAUGCAGUAUUAUUAUUGUUAUUAUUAUGAUUAUUAUUAUUACUAUCAAGGUGACUUUUUUUUCUUUUUCUACAUUCGUGUAUGAAUGGAGACUUUGUCAAUGUCGCUGUCUAUUUUGUGUGUGUCAAAUGUAAUGUAUAAAUUAAAUUAACCCACUUGGA